AUGUUGCUAACACGUGACCCUCUACGGAAGAAUUCGUAUCACCUUGCCUUUCAGGCAUUUUUUCAUUCCCUACAAAAUGGGGGCUCAAAAAGGGGGUACCCAGAAACGUGGGGGAAGGGUAGCAAAAUGGGACUAGAUGCAAAGAACCCGUUGGAUCACCAUGGCCACAGGAACAAAUUGACCAAUUUGAUGCAAAUAAGGGGAUCAUUGAGGCAGGCAAGGAGGACUGCAAUGAGCAGCAACACGGAAGCCUAUAAAAAAGUGAAAGAAUCAGUAGAUGUGCCAGUGGGGGGGGAAAGAAAUAACCCAUCUGGAUACUCCACCCGUAAUAGAAUCAAAACAAAUGGAAGGAUUCACAGCGAAAAUGAUUAUACUAGUCAACAGGAUGAACAGAAAGUGGAGUGUGGGCUGUCCAUGCAGGCUGCGAAAAGGAUGUCCCCGCAUAAAAAGAGCGAAGAGGUUAAUCCAGAACUGAACACAGCGAACAACUUAUGUAAAAAAAUCUUCUACCUUAGCAAGAAUGGCGUGAAAAAUGAAAACGUGUGGAAGCAUUACUUAAUCGAAGUAGGUAAAGAAAAAAAAAACUUCCACCUUGUAAGUACAAAAAAUUUGUUUCUCCUAUUGCUAGGUUUGAGUAAGAGCCAACACAUCGUUAAAGUCAUCUUGCAUCGUGGCACCGCUAGGGGGAACCACGAAAUGGAAGAAGCAAAAGAAACACACGGAGAUGACGUACUGGAUACUCUUAUAGACACCCUAUCGAAGAGGAUGGACCAACUGACAAACGGCCAGCGGAGUCUCCUCCUGCACAUCAUCCAAAAGUUACAGAGGAUAGAAAAGUACAACAAAGUGGUAAACGAAAUUAAUGGCAGAAUUUUGGAGGGAACCCCAUUAAAGAAGUUGAGCGCGAGAGCCCUUUCCAGCGUUCUCCACGUGUACGCGAAUGGUGGAAGUUCAGUUUCAUCUAGGGAAGGAGACGCUCCUACUUGUAGGCAUCUCUCCCUUGAAGAAACCAUCAGCAACGCCUUUUCGGAACGAAAUGGACAAGAGAACAAACUAGUGAAGAUCCUCCUUAAGGGGAAAGUGAGGAUGGAAGAUAUCCUCCGUCUCCUUGGAGCCAUGCACAAACUGAAGAUAAAAAAUAAGCAGAUCCUUCAAUGCGUGGUGCAAAUUCUAAAUGAAAAAGUGACAGACGAGAGUUACUUCCUAACCCCGUCUCUUCUUCUCUACCUGGCCAACCUAAACGUGUAUAAUGAGGAGCUCUGGAGAAAGCUGAAAAUGGUUGUAAUGCAGAAUUACCGCUUCUACAAUUCGGUUCAUCUAACGAAUGUGUUUUAUGGGUUCUCCAAGUUUAGGCCCGAUGACGUGGAAGACUUGUUUGACAUUUUGGCUAGCCACAUCAUGGACAAAAAUAUGUAUAAGGAACAAUGCAGAAAAGAGGAAAGGCAGUUAAUCCAUGGGAAUUCUGGUUCUGUAAAUUCUAACCUGUUUGAUCAUCCCAAAUGGGAAGAUCCUCUCAGGGACUGCACAUCCGACAUGUUUAACAUCUUCCAAACAACGAACAUAAUAAAGAGCUGCCUACUUUGCAAUUACCUAAAUUACAACUUCUUUCAUUUUUUGCUUCAUCAGUUAAGGAGGUCUGAAGAACCGCAAUCGUUAGACAAUCAAAUUGAUUCCCUGAAGGCAGUGUCUAGUAUAUUGAAAACGUUCAACAGAUGCAUUUACAAACAUAUGGUAUGCUUUAAUUACAUUAAGAAGGGGGAGAAUUCCUCCCUGCAGGACGGACAACACACUUACGUCCACUUGUUAAACAGUGAAAGUAUUUACAACCAGAUGUACACCUACAGCUGCAAUUACGAUAUGCGUGAUAGCCACCUACCGAUGGUAGAGUACCUUUCUGUGGGAUCUACAUCAAAGGAGGAGCAACGACAAUUUGAAAGAUACUGGGAUGAAAUAAGCGAAAAUAUAAGAAAAAAAAUGGAACAGAAUUUAGGAACACCCCACUUGAAGCUACUCCUACAUAAAAUAAUCCUCUCUCUAUCGGCCUCCACUGUCAAAUCUAUAAACCUAUAUGCCUUGUGUUUAAUCAUAUUGGAGAAAAAUAAAAAGGACUUGAGUGUUAACAAUUUGUUUCUCUAUGCCCAAAUGUUUCACCGAAUCAAAUUGUACAAUUAUGAACUGUUCAUUUGGCUAGCCGAACACAUAAAGCAGAAUACACAUCUGCUAGAUGUGAAGAAAAAAAUUAAAAUUAUUUUAUUGUCUUGUAACAUUUUUAAAAGGAUAAAUGAACAGGAGAUGCAGGAAUUAUGCCGCUUCUUUUUAAGUUCAGAUGAUUCUUCCUUUUCUAUAAAAGAGGAAGCAACUUUUGCAGAUGAUUCUCCUAUGUGGGAAAUUCCUGCAGAAAUAAAUAUGAAGAGGAACAUGGUAGACUUGGAUUGCAUCUCUAGGUGGACUACUCCGAACAGCGUGCAUGAUCAGACUGAAAAUUUUGCAAAUGGUGGUGAUGAUAAUUCGGUUGGAAGGAAUUUCCCUGUGGGGGAAAAGACCCUUCAUGGGAAACCUCUCAUAGGUGAAACUAAGAAGAAUCCAAAUUUUGCCUUACCAAGCGAGGGAAAUUUCUUCAUGAAAAUAGAAAAAACGGAUACGUUACCAUGCCACUUGGAGUUCACCGACUAUAUAAACUUUCUGCUCAUUCUGAUUCACAACUGGAAGGGAGAUGAAAGUGGGAGGUUUGAUCUCCUCUCCCUAAUUUCGAAGGGGACAAAUGACAUCGUGAAAAUUGGACAAAUGGACGCAACUUUGGAUGAACACACGAAGCGAUUAGAGGAAAAUCUGCACCGUGAGAGAGGUACCAUCGUUAAGUUGUUCGAGAAGAUGGAUCGUUUUUCACGUCAGGCACCUCAUGCGGAGGAAGAGGCAAAUAUGGUAGGUAACUUGUAUGGCCUGCGUAGCGACUGCUCCCUCCAAAUAGACUACCUAUUGCAUUUUAUAAAGGCGAUAAACGAAGAGGUAUAUAACGACAUAGUGGGGGCGCUGAAGGGGAAGGUUUCCCAAAUGGGUAGCCAAAUGGAAGAUCAGUAUGCCUCCCUUAAAAGCCCGUUCGAACUAAAAGAGGAAGAUUUGCAAUUCCUAAAUAUGUCUAGAUGUCGUAAAGGCAGCCUGCACACCAGUCCGCCUACAGUCCAUAAUAACAAAACGAUUAAUAGGUACAUGUAUGGAAGUGUCCGAGAAACGGUAGACCUCCUUCGACAGAGUUUCCAACUGCACAAAUGUAGCAACAUUGCAGAUGUUUCUUCGAAGAAUAGCAGAAAUUACCUGAGCGGAAUGGAAUCCUUUUACAAGAUAAACAGGUUUUUAAUAGCAGAUAUAGCAUACAUUUUGGAAAAAGGGGAAGAAAAAUUAUUUCACUUUCUUCUAUUUUACCCACACGAAUUAAAAAAAACAGUUGUAAGGAAGUACGAGAAUCGGAUUUUCCUGAAACAGGAAUUUGAUGAAUCGCUUCUAAUAUGCACUGAAGUUAUUUUCUUUUACAAUUAUUUGAGGAAGAAUUUUCGCAACCAGUUUUUUCUCAGCCUUGUGGAUACCACUCCGUUUGUUAAAUUUUUCCAAUGCACAAAUGGAGAUGUGUCGGUGGGGGGCAUUCCCGAUGGUGAUCGCGUCAUGCGCGAGGCCACCCGUCUUUUAGAGAUCAUCUCGAAUGCGUAG